UUUCCAAAACCGAGCCCGAGAGGAAAGGCACGGCCGAGGGUGGGGAGGUCCCGAAACGUUCCCGAGGGCUCGAGAAGUUUACGAUAAUGUUGUCCCUGGGAGCGGGCGGAGGCCAGGAGCAAGGUCCCUACGCACCCUCCGGGCCAGGAGGGUGUGAGCGCGGCGCCCGGGGCGGUGGGGGGGCAGGAAGAGGCGGGAGGAGAGGGGCGGUGUGAGCCGAUCCGACACCCGCCCCGGCUCCUCCUGCUCCCCCACCCCCACCUACUAAGGCUCCCAGCGCGCCGCGCUCCGCUCACUGGCCGCGCGUCCCAGCCGCCUCCCAGCAGCCGACGAUCCUGCCGCGCCUCCCGCCAAGACCUCACCAAAAUGCCGUCUCAAAUGGAACACGCCAUGGAAACCAUGAUGUUCACGUUUCACAAGUUUGCUGGGGAUAAAGGCUACUUAACAAAGGAGGACCUAAGAGUACUCAUGGAAAAGGAGUUCCCUGGGUUUUUGGAAAAUCAAAAAGACCCUCUGGCUGUAGACAAAAUAAUGAAGGACCUGGACCAGUGCCGAGACGGCAGAGUGGGCUUCCAGAGCUUCUUUUCGCUAAUUGCUGGGCUCACCAUCGCAUGCAAUGACUAUUUCGUAGUACACAUGAAGCAGAAGGGAAGGAAGUGAGCAGUCACUUUGUCCUGAUAAGAGUUCUCCCAAUGGGUCCCUUAAGGAAUAUGUGCCCCACAGCUUCCCCCUGUAUAAGAAUUUCAUGAGCAGAUUCGGGACCCUUAAAAAAAAAUGUACAAAUAAAAUCCCACCCCCACUGAACAAGAGAAAGAAAAGCCAAUAAAGCCAGAUAAGCUUUUGAUUUUUAUAUUGCUUGUAUCCUCUUGCCCCCCAAUAAACAAGUUUCUUUUUUAGUU